GGGUACAUUCCGUCCUUCUACAGCCCCAAAAUCGCCUUCUAUGCGGGGCUGCGGAAGCCCCACGAGGGCUACGAGGUGCUGCGCUUCGACGACGUGGUGACCAACGUGGGCAACUACUACGAGCCCUCCAGCGGCAAGUUCACGUGCCCCCUGCCCGGCAUCUACUUCUUCACCUACCACGUCCUCAUGCGCGGCGGGGACGGCACCAGCAUGUGGGCAGACCUCAUGAAAAACGGGCAGAUCCCACAUUCCCCCAUCCAAUACCCCCCAGUUCCCAUCUAG